GGGGCCCACGGCUUUCUCGUCCUGUGCCGCAUCUCCAGCCUAGUUCCUCAGCAUGAAGGCUCUGAGCCCGGUGCGCGGUUGCUAUGAGGCGGUGUGCUGCCUGUCGGAACGCAGCCUGGCCAUCGCGCGGGGCCGAGGCAAGGGUCCGGCUGCAGAAGAGCCGCUGAGCCUACUCGACGACAUGAACCACUGCUACUCGCGUCUGCGGGAACUGGUACCCGGAGUUCCGCGAGGCACUCAGCUUAGCCAGGUGGAAAUCCUGCAGCGAGUCAUCGACUACAUACUCGACUUGCAGGUGGUCCUGGCCGAGCCGGCCCCCGGACCCCCAGACGGUCCGCAUCUUCCCAUCCAGACAGCGGAUCUCGCUCCAGAACUUGUGAUCUCCAACGACAAGAGGAGCUUCUGCCACUGACCUGGCUGUCCAGGCGCCUUCAGAAUGCAGGUGCUGGCGCGCGUUCCGCUUGGGACCCCGGGACCCUCUACAGCCGGAAGCCCGAGGGCAUGGAUGGGCCCCAACCUCGCCCUGCCCACUUGACUUCCCCAAGCCCCUGUCUCAAGGCUGGACCUGGCGCCCGGGAGCGAAGGACUGUGAACUUGGGUGGCCUAAAGAGCCAGAGCAAGCUCUGGGCACCAGCUGGGCAACGUCACCCAGCCCUCAUCCUAUGCCCCACGCCCCCAUGCCCAAGUUUUAGAGACUGUCUUCUCAGAGUGUGGAGGUGUGGGGGGGCUUGUGGCUGCUCUCCUGACUCUGCCACGGCAGCGGUAGAGCUGGUCUUCAGGUCUCCUUGGAGAAAGGCUCUGUUGCCCUGAUUAUGAACUCUAUAAUAGAGUAUAUAGCUUUUGUACCUUUUUUGCAGGAAGGUGACUUUCUGUAACCAUGCGAUGUAUAUUAAACUUUUUAUAAAAGUUAACAUUUUGCAUAAUAAACCGUUUUUAAACA